UGAAAAGCAACUGGAGGACGAUCCAAUUGGUCGUGCAAAUCGUGUCGUCUGAGGGUAGGAGUGCGAGCGGGAGUGGUGGGAGUGGGCGUGGGGCGAUGUGGUCGUGUGAUUACGGCGGGUGUGAAUGCGCAGACGGCGGCGUUGCUUAGUGCGGGAUUGUGUCGUUGAGAGGGACCUUGUGUGCAAGGGACGACGACUAGGAGCGGCACAGCCUCCUCGGAUUGUGAGAGUUUCGCUGGAGGUGGAGGGUUUGAGGAGCCGGUGAGGGUCAUGGAGAUGGCGAAAUUCGACGCGGAGAUAGCGAUCGAUGGAUGCGGUUAGGAGGAGGUUUCCGUUGACGGCAAGGGCGAAUACGGCUAGUGCGGAUGGAAGGAGUGGUAGAGAGAAGAGCGCGUUGGUAGACGAGGAAGAAGAAGACAAUGACAAUGACAAGACAUCGACUCAACGGGUUGUCGUGAAUGAAGGUAACAUCUACAUGACCGUGUUCCAGCGUGCGUUGGCGGGCCCUAGUGGCGAGCGUUUCAAUCUUGGGAGCGACAGCAGCGCGUCACCGUGCGAGGAUACAGAUGGUUUUCGACUUGUUGCCCUCCGAUGUUGAUAUCCUGUUCCUUCGUCCUUUGGGGUUUGCACGGCGUGUUUGUCUGGAAAUCUACGGCAACAUCGAUGUUCACCUCACCCUCGUCGUUCUCGCCGUCAUCCUCGUAAUAAUAGCCGCUGUCCUCGACUUCAUCAAAGCUCUCAUCCUCGUCUUCUCCAACCUCGCGAUCAUCCUCAUACUCGUCCUCAUCUUCUUCCUCGGCCAUCUCUUCGUCCUCACCGCCUCCCUCUUCCUCCUCUUCAAUGUCGUCUUCUUCAUUGUCAUCCUCAUCAUUUCGUUCACCAACUCUCCUUCUCUUCUCCUCCUCAAAGCUUCAUCUCCCACAUUCACGACCACCCACUUCCUUGAGCUCAACACGAUGACAUCAGAGAACGACAACAACAUGAUUCAUGCGCCGGUGCGCUCAAGCGACGUACAUAAAGUCGUCGGCCUUUGGUCCUCUCGUCGCCUCCCCUCCGUUGGCACUCCCUUGGGUCGCUACCUUCCUCGCACUGCACCUCCGAACGACCGUCCUCCGAAGACUGGCGUUGGAAAGGAGAGUUGUUUUGUCAGAGAUCUCGGGGACUUAGAUAUUGAUAACGAUGCUUUCGGCGAGUUCUCGAGCUGGGUAUCGGACGAGCUAUCGAACCCGACGAUGAGGAAGGUUAGGAUGAUAUUCUGUUGA